UGAAGAGAGUCACUGAGCUCUCACUUCAAUCGUUUAUUAUAAAUAAAUGGGCAGAAACCUUUUGUGUUGCGCACAACACAGAGCCUUCUCUUUUUAAUUAUUUCUCAGUUUUUAACAAAUUUCAAAAUAUUUAGUUUCAAGGUUCUUCAGUUGGCAACCAAUUAGCAGGAAAUUUUUAAGAAUCCAUGUCGAUGAAGCGUUUGCUUGUUUCUGCAGUUCGAGGUCUUGCUUCAUCAGGAAGCUCAGCAUCUUCAACAACUUUCACCAGGCACCUCCAUGCAUCUGGUGGAAGCAAAAAGAUAGUUGGGGUGUUUUACAAGGCCAAGGAGUAUGCAGAAUUGAACCCCAAUUUUCUGGGUUGUGAAGAGAGAGCCUUGGGGAUAAGGGACUGGCUGGAAUCACAGGGCCACAAGUAUAUUGUCACUGAUGAUAAGGAAGGACCAAAUUCUGAACUUGACAAACACAUUGAAGAUCUUCAUGUUCUCAUAACAACGCCCUUCCACCCGGCCUAUGUCACGGCCGAAAGGAUCAAAAGGGCCAAGAAUUUGCAGCUGCUUCUAACAGCUGGAAUUGGCUCUGAUCACAUUGAUCUGAAAGCUGCUGCUGCUGCUGGAUUAACCGUGGCAGAGGUCACGGGAAGCAAUGUGGUUUCAGUUGCAGAAGAUGAGCUCAUGAGAAUCCUCAUUCUCGUCCGCAACUUCGUACCUGGGUAUCAGCAGAUUGUUAGUGGAGAAUGGAAUGUUGCAGGCAUUGCCUACAGAGCUUAUGAUCUCGAAGGAAAGACGGUGGGGACGGUUGGUGCUGGACGUAUUGGCAGGCUUUUGCUCCAAAGGUUGAAGCCUUUCAACUGCAAUCUCCUCUAUCAUGAUCGUGUCAAGAUUGACCCCGAAUUGGAGAAACAGACUGGGGCAAAGUUUGAGGAGGAUCUGGAUGCAAUGCUUCCGAAAUGUGACGUUAUUGUUGUCAACACACCCCUAACUGAAAAAACAAGAGGACUGUUUGACAAAGAAAGAAUUGCAAAGUGUAAGAAGGGAGUUCUGAUUGUUAACAAUGCUCGUGGGGCAAUCAUGGACACGCAGGCUGUUGUCGACGCUUGCUCCAGCGGACACAUUGCAGGUUACAGUGGUGAUGUUUGGAAUCCACAACCAGCUCCAAAAGACCAUCCAUGGCGUUACAUGCCAAACCAUGCUAUGACCCCUCAUAUAUCCGGUACCACAAUUGAUGCACAGUUACGUUAUGCUGCUGGGACGAAGGAUAUGCUCGACAGGUACUUCAAGGGAGAAGAAUUUCCGGCACAAAACUACAUUGUCAAGGACGGUAAACUAGCAAGCCAAUACCAGUAGUUCGGGUGCUUGUUAUUAAAUCUGCUACUUUGUGUUCGCCUGCAGAUGCUAACUAUGAGGCAGGUCCAUAUGAAUAAUGUAGCCAAAAGCUUUCGACUUUAGGGUCUGUGUGCUUUUAUCUUCUUCGUUUUCACCGGUUCUAUAGCCGUAUAGGGCACCGGUUUGAUCCGAGCAUGCAUCACUAUGUCUCUGUGAGACUUGUAAGAGUGUACGCUGCCCGGAAACUUUCCCUUUCAAUAAUGAGAAGUUGUUACCUUAA